UGGAUGGUGAACUGUACACAUUUGGAGAACCUGAGUCUGGGAAAUUAGGUCUACCCAAUCAACUGCUGACCAAUCACAGAAUACCUCAGCUGGUGUCUGUAAUUCCUGAGAAGGUGAUCCAAGUAGCUUGUGGUGGAGGGCAUACUGUGGUCCUCACAGAGACAACUGUAUAUGCCUUUGGGCUGGGACAAUUUGGUCAAUUGGGUCUUGGCACUUUUCUUUUUGAAACUUCAGAACCCAAAGCCAUUGGGCAUAUUAAGGAUCAGAAAGUAAAUUAUAUUUCCUGUGGAGAAAAUCACACAGCUUUGAUAACAGACACAGGCAUUUUGUAUACUUUUGGAGAUGGUCGACAUGGAAAAUUAGGACUUGGAUUGGAGAAUUUUACCAAUCAGUUCGUUCCCACUAUCUGCUCUAGUUUUUACAGGUUUAAAGUUAAAUUGGUUACUUGUGGUGGAUGUCACAUGCUAGUUUUUGCCAUUCCUCAACAUGGUGCGGCAGAAAAUAUUGAAAUCAGUGAAAUAAAUGAUUCUUGCUUCUCUGGACCGACUUCUCUGCCCAUGGGCAAUCUUACCUCAGGGAACAUGCUACAAAGAACUCUAUCAGCACGUAUGCGACGAAGAGAGAGGGAGAAAUCCCCAGAUUCUUUUCUAAUGAAGCGAAUACUACCUCCAGUAGAAAAGACUGCCUCCAUACCUACUUGUUUUUCCCCCAGUUCAGUCUCUUCAUGUUUGCCUAAGAGUAACCUGCCAAAGAAAAGCAUAUGUGAAAAGGACCUCAAGCAGCCAUUGAAACCAGAUUAUUCUCAAGAUAAAAUGGCCAAAGAGACAGAGACAGAAAAUUCUUCAGCCACAGAAAGCCUUGAAGAAACUAUUGAUGUCUUAAAUAUGACACAUGUGAUGAGCCCGAAUUCCAAAGAGAAGUUACUCAAAUUAUUGCCAGUUCAAAAACAAAAGAAACAAGAAACAAUUGGGAAACUGAUGCAGCAUACAGCUCAUACUGAAAAUGACGAUAGUGAUGAAUAUGAAGAGAUUUCAAAAAUGAAAGAAGGGAAAGCAUAUAAACAACAUGUGGCAAAAGAGAUGUUCAUGAUGCAAGCAGCUACAACUGAGGAAGUAUUUUCAGAUGAGGAAGUAGAGAUCCCAGAGGAGAAGGAAGAAGCAGAGAAUUCAGAAGGAAAUGAAGUAGAGGAGCAAGAGGUAGAGGCAAAUGAAAAUGUGGAGAUGCAUGGAAGAAGAAAGGAGGAGGAAAUAGAGAUCCUGAAAGAUGACCUUACAGACAAAGCAGAGGAUUGUGAAUCUUCAAAAACUGAAGAAGAAGAAUCAGAAAACAUGUGUGAGGAAAUUAAUGCUGAAAGUCUGGAAAAUGAGAAGAAAACUAUGGAAGACAAUGAAAAUGUUCCUGCAGAUGACAGCCACGAGACAGACGAGUCAGAAAGAACCAGUGAAAGCUCACAUAAAACCAUCGAAAAGGAAGAAAAUGUCAAUCUAAAGGAAUACAUCAUUAAUGAAUACAAUGAAAACACAAAAGGAAAUAUGCCUGAUAAUGCAAAGAGCAGUUCUUCAGAAGUCCUGGAAAAUAAUGAAUCAAUACCAAGUAAAGACAUAAAAACAUCCAAGAAGUUUUUCCUGUUCAAAAGGAUGCCAUUAAUAAAUCAGAAAAGUGCACCGAGUAAUGAGCCUCUCACAGAGUUACAACCAGUAGAAGAUCAAAUAGAUUUUAAAAGCAAUAAUAAAGAUGCCAAUCAGAACCACAUCGGGCAAAAUCAUCAGAAUAAUUCACCAUCAGAUAUGGCGAGAAAGUCAAAAUAUUGUACUAUACUAUAA